GUCCUUCCUCUCUCUCCGUAGAAAAAGAGCUGCAGCCCCUCAGCAUCAGCACCCCAGCAGACACUCAUCUCCUCCUCCUCCUCCUCCUCUUCCUCCUCCACAGCUCUGCUCCUCUGCUCCUCUUCUCCACUGCGGAACAUCGGCCUGAUCUCUUCCAGCUUCUCCUCCAGAGGCAGACCCAGACAUGGAUAACUCCGGAAAAGAGAAGGAGGCCAUGCAGCUGAUAGCUGAGGCCGACAAGAAGGUCAAAGCGUCCGGAUCCUUCCUCGGGGGGAUGUUCGGGGGGAACCAUAAAGUGGAGGAUGCCUGUGAAAUCUACGCCAGAGCAGCCAACAUGUUUAAGAUGGCAAAGAACUGGAGUGCCGCAGGGAAUGCGUUCUGUCAGGCCGCUCGGCUCCACAUGCAGCUGCAGAACAAACUGGACUCGGCCACCAGCUUUGUCGACGCCGGCAACGCCUUCAAGAAGGCCGACCCACAGGAGGCCAUCAACUGUCUAAACCAGGCCAUUGACAUCUACACCGAUAUGGGUCGGUUUACCAUCGCAGCAAAACAUCACAUCACUAUAGCCGAGAUUUACGAGGCCGAGCUGGUCGAUAUCGAGAAGGCCAUUGCCCACUAUGAGCAGGCAGCAGACUACUACAAGGGAGAGGAAUCUAACAGCUCAGCCAACAAAUGUCUCCUGAAGGUCGGACACUACAGCGCUCAGCUGGAACAGUACCCCAAAGCUAUCGAAAUAUACGAACAGGUUGCUAUGAACACCAUGGACAAUCCUCUGUUAAAGUAUAACGCCAAAGAGUAUUUCUUCAAGGCUUCACUGUGUCAUUUCAUCGUGGACGAACUGAAUGCCAAGUUGGCCAUAGAGAAGUAUGAGGAGAUGUUUCCAGCCUACUCAGACUCCAGAGAGCUGAAACUCUUAAAGAAACUCCUAGACGCCCACGAGGAGCAGAACAGCGAGGCGUUCACGGAGGCGGUGAAGGAGUACGACUCAGUGUCACGUCUGGACCAAUGGCUGACCACGAUGCUGCUGCGCAUCAAAAAGACCAUCCAGGGAGACGCCGGGGACCUGAAAUAGAGAAGAAAUCAUUUAAAAUAUAAAGGGGGCAGACAAGGGUAGAGGGGGUGGUAAAGGGGGGAGGAUGAAGGGAGUGUUUUUGGUGGAAGAAAGGUUUAAAAAAAACACAGAAAGAUGAAUGGGGAGGGAGGGGGAGACUGAGGGAGUUUACAGUUGUACAUAUCAGUCUGCAUGUGACCCCCCAAUAGCUAAGCAUCACCUUUGAACCCCCCCUGUGUCCCUGCUCCUUCAGUAUUGCUCCACAGGUGUGUGUGAGAGAGUGUGUGAGAGUGUGUGUGAAUUAUAACACUAUUUGAUGGGAUGGCGUGCAGCUCAUAUCACAUAUAAGAAAAUAUAUGUUAUUAAAACGGAUGUUAUUUAUGAGAUAUUUAUUGUCGAUACUGAAAUCAUUGUUUAUUAAGGUACUCAGUGUGUCGAUCUGUCUGAAUAUUUUAGGUAAUAGCCCCUCUCCUCCCUCCUCUCACUCCCCUCUCCUUUACCUGUCGUUCCUCUGUCACCCGCUGUCUUUUCCUCAACCCCUGAGUCAGUGAUAUCGCCUCGUUGUGAUUGGUUGGUUCUUUGUGUUCGCCCCGCCCCCCUCCACGUCACUGCCUCGUUUGUGCAUGUCUGUUGUCAUGUUGAUGUAAGUGUUCUCCGUGUCGUGCUAACGUGUGAACAACAUACAUGUAGCCUGGUAUCAUUUGUGUGCAAUCAGUAAAUAUGUACCUACGAGUUGAAAUAAAAACAUCAUCGCUCCAGAUAUA